AUGCAUUUCCCAAACACAUGUAUUAUCAGACUUUUCUUUACAAAAUAGGGGGAACUUUUCUUUUCACAUGGGUCAUAUGACCACCCUGGUUCUAUGCUAGCUCCCCCACUGUGUAUUUUAUCAAGCAUUUGCCACAUCUGUUCAAAAAUCUAGUUACGAAGUUAUUUGAAUCGUAAUUGGUGAGCACGUAGGAGAAUACUGAUAGCAUAUAAUUAAUAUGUGGAGGCUGAGGAUCGGAGCGGUGGCUAGAGAUGAACAUCACUUGUUUAGCACCAACAACUACGUGGGCAGACAGACUUGGGAGUUCGAUGCAGAAGCAGGCUCUCCCGAAGAACUAGCUGGGAUGGAACAGGCUCGCCGGAAUUUUACGCUCAACCGGUCACGUUUCAAAACCAGUAGCGAUCUCCUAUGGCGUAUGCAGUUUUUGAGUGAGAAGAAGUUUGAGCAAAAGAUCCCGCGAGUGAGAAUAGAGGACGCGGAGAAAAUAACGUAUGAAGAUGCCAAGAAGACGAUGAGAAGAGGAAUACUCUAUCUUGCGGCGUUGCAGGCUAAAGAUGGACACUGGCCUGCUGAGAACUCUGGUAUCAUGUUCUUGAACUCCCCAUUUUUCAUAUGCUUAUACAUAACUGGACACCUGGAAGAAAUCUUCACUGUGGAGCAUCGCAAAGAGUUUCUACGUUGCAUGUACAACCAUCAGAACGUAGAUGGUGGGUGGGGAAUAGACAUAGAGAGCGACAGUUGUAUGCUAAGCACGGUCCUCAACUACAUCUGCCUACGGAUUCUAGGAGUAGAACCAGAACAAGGAAGCACUUGUGCAAUGGCUCGUAAAUGGAUUCUCGACCACGGUGGUGCUACUUACACCCCCUUGUUUGGAAAAGUUUGGCUUUCGGUUCUUGGAGUGUACGAUUGGUCUGGCUGCAAAUCUAUACCACCCGAGUUCUGGAUGCUCCCUUCUUUUUCUCCUAUUAAUGGAGGCACCGUGUGGAUUUAUUUUCGGGAGAGUUUUAUGGCAUUGUCAUACCUGUACGGUAAAAAGUUUGUAGGUUCACCAAAACCUCUCAUUCUACAGCUACGUGAAGAGCUUUAUCUGCACCCUUAUGCCCAAAUCGUUUGGAGCCAAGCCCAAAACCUAUGCGCAAAGGAAGACAAAUACAAUCAACAAUCAUAUCUACAAGAUUUGUUUUGGAAAAGUGUUAACAUGUUCUCUGAGAACAUCCUAAACCGUUGGCCUUUCAACAAAAUCAUAAGGCAAAGAGCUCUUCAAACCACAAUGAAACUCAUUCACUACCAUGAAGAAUCUACCCGAUACCUUACCACUGGAUGUGUGCCAAAGGUGCUUUGUAUGCUUGCAUGUUGGGUAGAAGAACCAGAGGGUGAUUACUUCAAGAAACAUCUUGCUCGACUCCACGAUUUUGUAUGGAUUGGUGAUGAUGGUCUAAAAUUCCAGAUUUGUGGUAGUCAAAUAUGGGAUACAGCCUUCUCGCUCCAAGUCCUUUUAGCUGCAGAUGACGAUGAUGAGAUUAUUCGGUCGACGCUGAUCAAAGGAUACGACUUUUUGAAGAAAUCUCAGGUAACAGAAAACCCACCUGGUGACCAUCUCAAAAUGUUUAGGCACAUUACAAAAGGUGGUUGGAAUUUUCCUGACAAAGAUCAAGGAUUGCCUGAUUCAGAUUGUACUGCUGAAAGUUUAGAGUGCUGCCUAAUGUACGAAACCAUGCCGCAAGAGUUCAUUGGUGAGAAAAUGGAUGUAAAGCGGCUCUACGAUGCUGUCAAUUUGAUUCUCCAUUUUCAGAGCAAGAAUGGAGGUGUAACCGCGUGGGAACCAGCGCCUGGGAAAACUUGGCUAGAGUGGUUUAGUCCAGUGGAGUUUAUGAAAGACGCAGUUGUGGAGCAUGAGUUUGUUGAAUGCACUGGGUCGGCACUAGUAGCAAUAGCUCGGUUCAUGAAACAGUUUCCUGAAUACAAAAGAGAACAAGUCAAAGAUUUUAUAAAGAAUGGGGUGAAAUACUUGGAGAAUCUUCAAACGUCGGAUGGUUCGUGGUAUGGAAGCUGGGGAGUGUGUUUCAUUUAUGGAACCUUCUUUGCGGUGAGAGGUCUAGUGGCUGCCGGUAAGACUUAUAAAGACAGUGAGGCUAUCCGUAGAGCGGUUCGGUUCCUUCUUGAGACACAAAAUGAGGAAGGUGGUUGGGGGGAGAGUUAACUCUCUUGUUCGAAAAGGAAAUAUGUUCCACUCAGUGGAAGAAAGAAGACAAAUCUUGUGAAUACAGGCCAAGCGCUUAUAAGUUUAAUUUUGGGUGGUCAGAUGGAGAGAGAUCCACGUCCGGUUAAUCGUGCUGCCAAAGUCUUGAUCAAUUCACAGUUGGAAAACGGGGAUUACCCACAAGAGGAAAUGAGUGGAGUGUUAAGUGUAAAUCUGAAGCUCCAUUAUCCUAUGUAUAGGAACAUUUUCACUCUUUGGGCACUCACACAUUACACGCAGGCUCUACGUAUGUUCCAGUGAGCACUUCACUAUUGAUUCUAUAUAUGCUUUUCUUUAUGUAAGCGUUUUUUUUCUCUUGGAAUAUUGGUCUUAAAGUCAAACAUUCUUAGUUUAUGUAAACAUAUCAUUCCUAUCUCUAUGUUCUAUGUAUAUAAUAAUGGGGCGCAACAAUUUUAUUUUCUA